AUGCUCCCCACCCCUUCAACCUCCCACGUCCCCUAUGCUCGCGUCUACGAGCCGGCCGAGGACUCUUUUCUCCUCCUCGACACCUUGUCCUCGGCUAGCGAAACCGCAUUUCUCGCCGCUCGGUUCCCUUCAUCGUCUUCUCCUCCUUCUUCUUCUUCUUCUUCACCUUCAUCACAAACACUCUCGGACUCAGACUCUCGCUCAGCCGCACCGCUAGUCCUCGAAGUCGGUCCCGGCUCGGGCGUCGUCCUAGCCUUCCUCACCGCGCACGCCCAGGUCCUCUUCUCGCGCCGCGACAUCCUGACGCUCGGUAUCGACGUCAACCGCUUCGCCUGCGCCGCCACGUCCGAGACCGUCGCCAAGGCGCCGAGCAGCAAUCGGGGGGUAGCGGGGUACCACCUCGGAACGGCGCAGGGAGACCUGGCGACGGCCGUGCGGCCGGGCACCGUCGACGUGCUCGUCUUCAACCCGCCGUACGUGCCGACGCCCGACCUGCCACCCGUCCAGCCCGAGGGCAACCACCACCAGCAGCAGCAGGCCGCCGCCGCCGCCACGGCGCCGUCGCACGAGGAGGACUCGAGGCUGCUCGCGCUGUCGUACGCCGGGGGCCGGGACGGGAUGGAGGUCACCGACCGGCUGAUCGAGGCGCUCCCGGAGGUGCUGUCGGCCCGCGGCGUCGCGUACCUGCUGCUCUGUGCGCAGAACAAGCCCGAGGAGGUCAAGGGCAGGAUCAGGCGGCUGGCGGGCGGGCCGUGGAGGGCCGAGACGGUCGGGACGAGCGGGAGGCAGGCGGGGUGGGAGAAGCUGCAGAUUGUGAGGAUAUGGCGGGAGUAG